AAAAGGCCUGGCCCUGAAUUCCUGCAGCUCCUACGUUGGGUGCCACCUGUGCUACGUCUCACAGUAGACCUGGGUCUGACUACCCUCAACCAAGCGCUGGCUGCGUUCCACGGAGAGGCUGAGAUUCCUUAGCCUCGGGUACAGUAAUUAUGCCGUAUACAGAUACGCACAUAAGCAUCCCGCCACAACUUCCAGAAAUAUUGAAACAAUAUACAAAAGGUGCUAUCCGAACCCAGCCUCCAGAUCUUCUACAAUGGUCUGCUGAUUACUUUACAGCUGUUGCCCGUGGUGAUAUUCCUCCAGGUAGGGAACGAACGGAGAGGACCCCUUUAUCAAACUGGGCAGACCUCACUCCAGAGAUCUUAAAGGUCUUACAUCAAAGAGUGGGUGGGAGACUGAUAGUCCAUGCGGAUGAACUGGCUCACUUAUGGAAGGUGCUGAAUCUCCCAAUAGACUUAUUCGAGAGCGUGAUGAAUGUAGGGCAUUUUACUGAAGAAGUUGAAUGGCUAAAGUUUUUAGCCCUGUCAAGUAGUUCUCUUGGAGUUAAUAUCACAAAAACUCUGAAGAUCAUAUGUGAGGUUUUAUCCAAUGAUGACAGUGGACCUGCACGUAUUCCUUUUAGCACUUUCCAGUUUCUCUACACGUACAUUGCAGAAGUAGAUGGGGAGAUUUCAUUAUCCCACGUCAACAGAAUGCUCAAUUACAUUGAACAGGAGAUCAUUGGACCAGAUGGUCUAAUUAAAGUGAAUGAUUUUACCCGGAAUCCUCAGGUCAAGCUGGAAUAAGAGCAAAGCUUUCCAGCAGUAUGAUAGCAGAUAAAUGAAGGAAGCUGCUGCUGAAUAACUCUUACCAACUGGUCCUUCAUUGACUUUUCUUCUGUCUGUUAAUAAACAAUUUGGCAAAGAAUUCAAUAAAAAUGUGAGA